AUGCGGCGACAUCGUUUAUUACCUCCAGCAUACUCCAAGUUGGCGCAUCCAUCUCUUUCUCAGCAGCGCGAAUUUUUGCUCUCACAAGUCGCUUACGAGCAAGGCCGCACGAGCAAGUUGGAGAUAUCUGUCGGGCGAGCACUGGAUGACGUGUUGCCCAAAGUGGAGGAGCUGCUGGCCAGACACCUCUCACCUCAGCCCUUCCGCGAAGCGGCUCUUGGUCACGUGGCUCCCGCUGUCGCGUCCGCCGCCCCCAACUCAACAGCACCAACCAACGCCGACUCACCAGUCGGGAUGCCUCAACAAAAUCUUCAGCAUGGUCUACUUGCUGGGGGAGGCAGAGCUUUGCCACCAGCGAAUGCUUCAGCCAGCACCAAACCGACUGAGUGCGCUCUCGUUACUGAUGGAGGAGGGGCGACGGUUCCCCCCGCCCCAUCCAGCGAGGGCGCUGCGCCCGCCUCCAGGCCCUGGGCACCGCCUCCGCCGGCAGCUUCCGGCGCGACCAACCCUCCGGCGUCGCUGCACGAGGCGGCGGAACGAGGAGAUGCGGUGGCGGUGCAGCGCUUUCUCGCCGACAGAGCUCCGGUCGACGCGCGGGACAAAGACGGCAACACCGCGCUGCACAUCGCCGCAAGCAGCGGGCGCACAGAGGUCGUCGACAUCCUCAUCGCAAAAGGGGCUGUCGUGAACAGACUUGGCUUCGGAUUGCGAACUCCGCUUCACUGUGCAGCCGCUAAAGGACAUGAGACGAUCGUGACGCGCUUGGUGACCGCCGGAGCUAAACUUGAUUCUCGAGACGCAGAUGGCGCUACCUCCGCCGCCCUGGCUGCUCAGGGAGGUCACCCGGAGGUUGUGCUUUGGCUGUUGGACCGGGGCACGCCAGUGGAGGCUGCCGACAAGGAAGGGAGGACGCGUCUUAUGUAUGCGGUCGAAGGAGGAAACUUACCAUUAGUUACAUAUCUUUUGGAGAAAGGAGCGAACCUCAUUGCAGUUAACAAGAAAGGAGAGACUUCUAUUUUCAUGGCGGUUAAGGUGCACGACGGACAAAUAGUAAAGUUUUUGUUGGAAAGGGAUGCGUCACCAUUUCAAGCAGACAAGAGUAAUGAGUCAACUUUGCUGUUUGGUUCCAAGAAGGGAUAUGGUGAUGUGAUUGGGGAAAGGUUGAAAGUGGCAGCCACAGGGAUUACAAAUCUUUUGGGGCGCUGCCUUUGUGCGGCUGGCAGUGCGGACGUGGUGUGGAGCUUCACAGACGAGGCCCAUAACUUGGUGCUGGGGCCAGCGGGGGGAGAAGCGCUGGUGGAGGCCGCUAGAGACGGGCGCCUGGAAGUGGUGGAGGCUCUGCUUCGAGUAGGCGCGGGCGCGAAGGAAUCGCGUGAAGAGGCGCUGCUGGCGGCCGCCAAGAAAGGACACACAUACUGCGUCGUUGCGCUGUUGGACACUAGAGUCGACGUCAAUGCGCGAGACAUUAAAACGAAGCUCACGGCACUCUAUCUUGCAGCUAUGAAUGGUCACGCCGAAUGCAUGGAGAGGGGAGCUAAGAAGGAUCAGUUAACGGAAGAAGUGCUGGUGAACGCAGCGCUAAGAGGAUAUCUUGAUGUACUGAAGAUUCUUCUUCGAGUAGGCGCGGGCGCGAAGAAGUCGCGUGAAGAGGCGCUGUGGGCGGCCGCAGAGGGAGGACACAGAAGCUGCAUCGUGGCGCUGCUCGACGACGGGGUCGACGUCAAUGCUUUAGGCAACAGCAACUGGACGGCGCUGCAUUUUGCAGCUUGGAAUGGGCACGCCGAAUGCGUAAAGCAGCUGUUGCAGAGAGGAGCGUGUAGACAAAUGAGAGAUAAUAGUUGGAGAACAGCAUUAUUUCUUGCUAAAGAAAAUGGUAAAGGAGCAUGUAUUGACAUUCUUCAAAAGUAG